AUGUUUCGUGGACCGCUCGAGGCUUUGUCGCAGUCUGGAAAGGUGCUGGAGGCAAAGACUCUCGUGACGAGCUUCGGCGAAAAGACUUUCUGUAAAGCAGUUCAGCAGCAGGUGAACUUCAUUUCCGAGCAAGAGCGAAAUCAUAAUGCGCCGAGCUCGACCAUGCUGUCCACCACUGUCAUGUACGAACAGCGUGCAGACAAAAAGGAAGAAGGCCUUUAUGAAGGCUGCCACAAUUCACUUCUGAGUAAUCAACAGCCGACGACAAACCUUGGGGGCAUCACGCCGCCCAGCUUCUCCAUCAACUGUGCAUCUGCCGCCCACCAGGGCAAAGAGCGAGACGCGAAGGAUGCGAAGGGCGAGAACGAUCGUGAGAAGACGAAGGAGCCCAGAGAUGAUUUGAGUCCGAAGCCUGCGGUGCAGCAACUGACGUCGCAUGAGAUGCGGAUCGACGCAG